AUGGAUGGGACUGCACCAGUUGAGCCCGAAGCCGUAAAGGCGGCUCCAUCACUGCGUAAGCGAAGAAGACCGGCCCUGUCCUGCGCAGAAUGUCGAAGGAGGAAGAUCAAAUGCGAUCGUAACAUACCAUGUGGCCCAUGUAGACAAGCCAAGAGCGCGACAUGCACCUACAGUCCGGAAGGGCUGGCGAGGAAAAGUCACGGAAUUGGCCUUGCUAGUCCUGCUAUGACCAAUACUACACCUUCAGGUCCAGAGGGAGAAUUCUUUACCGAUCGAAUAACGCAUAUUGUAAAUGGCCCUGAGCCGUCUCCUCCGCCUACAUUGAGUCACCCACCGAGUGAGCCUAGAAGUACAUCGCCGUGUCAGUCAACGGCUAGUAGUCUCGGAGGACAAGAUGUUCGAGGGCUUCUCAACCGAGUGCAAAAGCUAGAGGCUAUGCUAGCGUCGACAUCGAUUGAUGACAGGCAUAAAUCGACAAACAUAUUACAGGAGUCGUCCAAAGAGCUGCGGGGAAACUUAUCAAAGACGAGGUGGUUUGGACCAAGUCACUGGAUGCACGCAUUCUCUCAAACUCGGAAGAUUAUAUGCUUCGAGUUUAACAUUGCUACUAGUCACAGUAUUAUUCUCACAGACAAGACAGCAGAUAAAGAGCUCAACAUCCUCAUCGACAGGUGCAAAGCCAUCGCCAGACUUAUCAAAGCCGCUCAAGUACCACAAUGGACCUUAUGGGGGACGACAUUCAAGCAUUCCAUCCCAUCUCGCGAAGCGGCCGACAAAUUAGUCGCAAAUUACUUUCGCACCCAUGAAGCAAAUCACCGGGUCUUACACAUCCCAUCCUUCAUGAAGGAGUACAACCAGUUCUUUGAUUCUCCUCAGACUGCUAGCGCGGUAUCGUCGGUCAAGGUAAUGCUUGUCAUGGCAAUAGGAGUCUGCUUUUGUCAGAACGAUGAUUUCCAUGCUUUGCGACACGAUGCUACCCAGUGGAUUUAUGCUGCUCAGUCAUGGCUGUCAAGUCCUAAUGAGAAGGCAAAAUUGCAUAUUUCCCUGAUCCAAAUUCAGUGUCUAACAUUGAUCGCACGACCGCUGUUCUCAAUUAGCGGCGAUCUUGUCUGGAUUACACUUGGUACUGUCAUAAGAACUGCCAUUCAAAUGGCUCUGCAUCGCGAUCCUAAGCAUUUCCCUAGGAUUUCUCCAUUUCAUGGAGAGAUACGCCGUCGUCUCUGGGCCACGAUUCUGGAGUUGAAUGUUGUUACAUCUCUGGAGACAGGCAUGAUCCCGAUGAUAUCAGAAGAUCAAUACGACACCGAACAUCCAGCCAACAUCAACGACGAAGAUAUCUCCGAGUCUACAACCGAACGGCCAACUUCCAAGCCAACGGAAGUUUUCACGCAAACCUCAACUCAACUGUUGAUACUACAAUCUUUCACCACACGUCAACGAGUAGCGCAACUCAUCAACGACAUCCGUUUCGACCCAUCUUACGACGAAGUCCUCCAAAUCGGCACCACUCUCAUGAAGCACUACAGAGACAACCACACUUUUCUAACAAAAUGCUCUGAAGAGCCCACACAAGGUGCUCACAAGCCCUCCGUAUUCCACCGCAAACUAGUCGACCUAAACACGCAACGCUUCCUCCUCGCCCUCCACCACCCCUUCGCCCUAAAAGCCCGCACCGACCCCCGCUUCUACUACUCGCAUAAAGUCUACAUCGAGUGCGCUUUAGCAGUGAUGUCCUACCACGACACUAGCGAGCCAUCAUCCCCCCUCCUCAGCGACGGCAAAAACCAAGACGACUACACACGUCUCCGUCUCGCGUCCGGCGGCCACCUUAAAGAUGUCAUAGUCCACGCCGCGCUAGUCAUCUACCUCGAGCUGAUAAUCCCUCUCGAAGAAGACCCCUCGUUGGCGUUCACGCAGGAACGCAUGCCGCAACGCUCCCCGUUCCGGAAAUUCCUCGUCGAUACCCUCGAGCUAUCGCGCGCACGUAUGGAAACCUGCGAGACGAACAUGAAAGGACAUCUCGUGCUCAGUAUCGCGCUCGCACACGUCGACGCCAUGGAGCAGGGGCAGCCGAGUGAAGAACGGGUUAUCAGCGCUGCGAGGGAGAGUUUGGUGCUUUGUGAACGAUUACUGACGGAGCGGUUGCCGAAGUCGACGGAGACGAGUGUGUAUGCGGGUGGACUGGAGGAGCAGCUUGCGUUUAGUCAGCAGGAUGUCGAUAUGGCGAUGCAGGAUUGGGGGAUGAUGGAUUAUGAUACGGGGGCGAAUAAUGAUUAUUGGUUGUGGCCGGCGUGGACGGAGGGUGCUGGGUUUAUGAAUGCUGGGAGAGCGGAUAAUGUACUUUAG